CCCACCACAUCCAUUAUAAAACUCCUCUCCUUAGAUCUUCUCAAACUUAACUCAUUUUACUUUUUUCAGUGUUUUUGGAAGUUGAAGUUUCUUGAAUUUCUUUCCAUAUUUUCUCCUCUCUCUUUAGCUUCUUCAAAAACAUGGGAAGUAUUGAGAAUCCAAAGCAAGAAGUUGAUGAAACGAUCAGAGUGAAGUUGAUUAAGAAAACUAAUGUCUACCCAAGUAGUAAAAAACUAGGUAAACAAGAAUGCCCUUUGGUUACAUUUGAUCUACCUUAUGUAACAUUUUAUUACAACCAAAAAUUGUUACUAUACAAAAGCAGUGGUGCUGAUGGUGAUGAUUUUAAGUUUGAAGAAACAGUAGAGAAAUUGAAAGAAGGGUUAGCGUUCAUUUUAGAAGAUUUCUUUCCUUUAGCUGGAAAACUAGAGAAAGAUGAAGAAGGUGUUUUGAAAGUUGUUUGUGAAGAGGAAUGUGUUGGUGUUGAAGUUGUUGAGGCAGUCGCUGAAGGAAUCGAUGUCGCUGAAUUAGCCGAAGCAGAAUCGUCUAGUAUUUUACAUGAGAUCGUGCCAUACCAUGGUGUCAUGAACUUAGAAGGUCUUCAUCGUCCACUGUUGGCCAUUCAGUUUACCAAACUGAAAGAUGGACUUGCAAUUGGAUGUGCAUUUAACCAUGCAAUCCUAGAUGGGAUGUCAACAUGGCAUUUCUUGAGUUCAUGGGCCGAAAUCUGUCGUGGAUCUACUACAAUCUCUGUCCAACCUUUCCAUGAUCGAACAAAGGCUAGAAACACUCGUGUGAAACUUGAUCUACCAGAAUCUGCUGCAGCAUUUGAGAAACCAGUCACAUCCAACGGUGAGGAGAAACAUACCCCUGAACCACAACUCCGGGAAAAGAUUUUCCGAUUCUCAGGUUCCACAAUUGAGAAAAUCAAGUCGAAAGCAAAUGAAAAUCUUCCAAGUGAUUCCAAGCCAUUCUCAACUUUCCAAGCUCUUGGGGCACAUAUUUGGUGUGCCGUGACUCGUGCUCGAAACCUCAAGCCAGAAGAUUACACCGUGUUUACCAUUUUUGCUGACCUCCGGAAACGUGUUGAUCCACCAAUGCCAGACAGUUACUUCGGUAACUUAAUUCAAGCUAUUUUUACCGUUACUGCAGCCGGAGCACUACUAUCAAAUCCUGCUGAAUAUGGGUUGAAAGCAUUACAAGGUGUGAUUAAGUCACAUGACGCAAAGACAAUUAACGAAAGAAAUGCUGCAUGGGAAAGUAACCCAGUACUGUUCAAAUACAAAGAUGCAGGAAUGAAUUGUGUUGCUGUUGGAAGUUCGCCAAGGUUUCCGGUAUACGAAGUGGAUUUUGGUUUUGGUAAGCCUGAAAGAGUUAGAAGUGGAACAAACAACAAGUUUGAUGGAAUGGUUUAUUUGUACCAAGGAAAAGAUGGUGAAAAAAGCAUGGAUGUUGAGAUAACUUUAGACCCUGAAGCCAUGAAGAACUUAGAGGCCGAUGAGGACUUUACCAAGGUCUAAUUUUAAUCAUUAAGGGAAAAAAUUAAUGCUUGCUGUGACGCUAUAAUUUGUGUGGGUUUGAAUUUUUAGUAUCUAUUUAGGACAUAUUAAUUGGAUGUAUUAUUAGAUGACUUAAUAUCUGUUUUUAUUUUCUGCACUUUAAUUUGGCGUUGAAGCCUAAUUAAUAAUAUUAAUAAUUAUAUGUAGUAUUAAUUGUUUAGUUAAGGAUAAAUUUAGAUUA